CAACAACAUCCUACUCUGUUUUUGAUGACGAAAGAGUUUUCUUCUUCUAAAGCAGAAUCACUCAAGUUGAUGAGGCUGGAUAAAUCGGGAAGUUAUCACACAUGUGUAUCGCAGUAUCUCAAAGCUUCAUUUGAAAUAGCUUUUAUGAUAGCCAGGCAAAAGAAACCUCAUACUAUCGUUUUAGGAGAAGAUGCCGAGCAAAUAAUGAAGUCUAUUUCUCUUUCGAAUAACACAGUCUAGCGUAGAAUCAGACAUAAAGUCACAAAUAAUUAACAAAGCAAAAUUAUCGCCAUUGUUUGCCAUUAGUUGCGAUCAAUCCACCGACAUCGUUAAUUGUGCAC